AGCCCCGCCCCACUGCAUUCCAUUAGCUCGGAGGCGUGUGUCUCCCGCCCUAUACCCACUCCCAUUGGCGGCUUUUCUCCCACCACGCCCCAUUGGCUCGUUACUCGGUCCCGCCCCGGAGGCAACCAGGUGUGGGCGGGGCCCUGAGUAGGUAGGGGCAGGAUCCAGUCGCCUGGGAUGCUCACCUCUGUUGAUCAACGCGGAAGCGCGUCCGCAGCUGCGUUCGCGCUGGGUUGAUUGGCCCAGCUCCUGACCAACAUCGAGAAUGGCCCCUAAGUCUUGCCAGGAGUCUGAAGAUGAGCAGGUGUCCCCAGCUCCAGCAGGUGUACAGCCAGACAGCAGUGACUUAGGGUCUCCAGUUGGCACACCUGUGGCUAGAGUGGCUUCUUCCUGUCCUCAGAGCGCGAAGCUCUACACAUCUACACCAAUGAGCUGCUCUGUCAAGCAGCAGUUAGCCCCUGAAACCCUGGACCCACGUACCCUGAGGCUGUUAUGGGAACAAAGAGAACUAGAGAUCCAGGCACUUCGGUGGGCUGUUCAGAAUGGCCAGAAUGCCCGAUACUACUACAUCCUGCAGGAGGUGGCAGGGAUUCCCCCUGAGCGGGACUCCAAAAGACAAGACAAAUUCCUGCGGAACCAGGUCCAGAAGCUUACCCUGGAGCUGAAAGCACAGAAGGAACAAGCCCAGCAGGAGAAACAGCAGUUGGAGGAGAAACUGCAGCAGAACCUCUCUGCAAUGCAGCAGCUGGAGGCUGAGCUUCAGUCCUUUCAAAAAUCAUGCCUUCUACAGCUAGCCCGUUCCUCUUGGGUGGGACGCACGCUGAGGUCUCAGACUGGCAGUGUGGAGGUGGUUACUGCAGAGGUUCUAAGGGACGUCAGUGACUCUUCUCAGUGUGCUGAGGUUCCCAAUACUGGGGAGGGUUUCCGGUUGGAGGAUGUAGAUUGGAACAGCAUUGCCCACCGAUAUCCCAACCUCUUCUCCAGCUUGAGUUUCCAUUCGGAUCAAAAACUGUCCCAGCCCCCGGCCUCUGAAGUGGAUGCCUGUGACUCGGAGUGUGCUACCAAGCACACAGAGAAACCUACCAAGACCCUGGAGUGGAGCGCCUUGCCUUUGGUGGACACCAGUAGCUCGGAAAGUAUCGAGUCUGACAUCAGCAGCAGCCAGAUGGUUCUGGAUUCUGGAGCAAAGAAGACGACUGGCCACCCACCCCAGGGAACAAAUUUAGCUGCCUCUGAGCAGAUGCAGGAAUGCACAAGGAGCGUCAAUGGAUACACAGAAGGUGGAGUUGGCUGCAUCUCCCUUUCACACUUUAGCAACCUCUCAUCUCCUCUCAUCUCUGCCCAGAGUCCUGUUCAUGUCUUCAGCCCCCAGGGUCCAGCUGCUUCUGCCCAGGAUCUGAACCCAGUGUUUGUUUCCCUAUUAUGCAGACCCUUGGUCUGGCCUCUCAGGGAACAUCUCCCAGACUCUUUCUCAUGUUCUUCCCCUCAUAAAGGACUUCUUUUUCUAGAUCUUCAUAAAAGCUGGUCGCCCUCAUGUAGCAAGACUGUUUUGGAGUCCUAUACGGACCUUCAGCACCCAUAUACAAGACCCCAGUUGAAUCCAUUUGGCUGCUGCUUGAAGAUUGCUGCUGUCAGCCACCGAGAGAAGUUCAUCCGCAUUAUCAACCAGUCACAGGCAGAGACAGUUGACCUGGGUGGCUUUGUCCUGCAGCAGCUUGUUAGGGACUUCCCUGUGUGCAUGUACCGCUUCCCACCUGGUACUCUGCUAGCCCCGCAGCACCACAUCACGGUAUGGGGCGAAGGAACCAGCAGAACCAAGAAGCAGCUGCCAGUGUCCUCAGGCCAGGACCCUUUCCAAUUCCAAUCUAGCCGAGGCUGUGUGACGAUGCUAGUCAACCCCCAGGGACAGGUCCUCAGCGAGCAUCAAGCUGUACCCUGUGUGACUCUGGGCUCAAAGAUCUUCACCGACAACACCGACUGGUCCAUUGACCGCUUCCCACUCUCAGAGUCCGAGCCCAAUGUUGACCCUGGUGAACAGCAGUAUCAACCUUCAUCACCACAGAAGGGUCGGGCAAAGGUUGCUGGGGCCAGGCACAAGAAGCCACGGCCAGGGGUUCGUCAGCAAAGGCUCUCCAGCACUGGUGGACGGAGGGCCUCACGACCUCUUCGCCCCACAGAGACCCGGGAUAUCUUGCCACUCCUAAGCACCCGAAAGCUUCUUCCCUUUGGAGAAGGUCCUGCACAGCAGGAAGGUGUGAAAACUGAGCUAUCAGAGCUCCUGCCAGUGAUCCCAGAGUGUUCCUCGAGAGUGUGUCUUGAGGACUCACUGGGUAGGCAGGAGCGCAAGGUCCAGGUAUGCCGGAAAACUGUGGACCUGAGUUGCCCCAUGGUGGCCCUGUCAGUACAGAGCACAGCUGAGAGCAGAUAUGGCUUCCGCUUCCUCUGCUAUCCUCCCAUCACUGAGGAAUUGUGUCGGCGGUUGUAGGUCAGCCAGGCCAGGCAGGCAGUGCCAGCUUCAUAAUUUAUUGAACCAACCAUUGCUUAUAAAGUAAAGCACAUUUCUGC